AUGACUCGCGUCUACGUCUACUCAUCGGCCCUGGUGGCCUUUGUAGCUGCGACCGGCAUGAUUGUCGCAUCCAUCUUUAUACCCAACUGGGUUUCCUACUCCGUCACAACUCCCAAGGGCGACGUCGUCGAAAAGCACAUUGGCCUGCAUAAGACGUGCUCAAACCUCAACAGCCCGACAUGCAGGGAGUUCCCCACGGCCGAGUUGUGCCAGGCGGGCGAGCGAUACUUUUGCGACAUGUGGAAGACGGUCGGAUUCAUGGCUUCACUGGCCGCCAUAAUGUGCCUGGCCAGUCUCGUCUCCUUCCUGGUCGUCAUGAAGGGCGGCAAAUACAAGCGCGAAACGGGCUGGCCGUUGGUCGCAGGCAUGCUUACCCUGGUGUCGGUUGUAGAGUUUGCCGUUAUUUCGAUUGUGGCAUACCUGUUUGAUCAUGACGAACAAUUUACCAUUCCGGGUUGGAAUCUCGACGUGUCGUGGUAUAUCAGCACUGUUAGCGCGACUAUUGCUCUUCUUGCAGCUGCAGGACUGGCCGUAUCUGCGUAUCUGUUGUCGCCUGAAGGAGGUUACGAGUUCCUGGAGGAUCCGAUCGAUGCUUGA